AGUUGUUUUUGUUGGAAACGCGGAAGUAGAUGAGUAGGCGCUGUCGGUGUGGUAACGACGUACAUCGGGUUUAAUUAAACCGGGUUAGACAGCACACCGAGGAGAAUAAGAGGAGACUUGAGUAUUGUGUUGAUGGUGUAGGAAAGGAGAAGAUUGAGAUGGAGGAGCGGGCUCGCAGCCGAUUGCUGCGCUCCAGGACGACCCUGGAGCAGGACAUCAAGGCUUCCUACCUCAUGGACCACAUGAUCAGCGAUGGGAUCCUGACUAGAGAUGAGGAGGACCGGGUGCACAGUAAGCUCACCAGGAAGGAGCAGGCAACAGCACUGUUGGAGAUACUGCUGUGCAAAGACAACAGGGCGUACAUCUCCUUCUACAACGCGCUGAUCCGAGAGCAGUACGGAGACCUGGCCGCUCUGCUUCACAGUGACCUGCCACAGCUCAGUCCCGAAGUGGAAAAGAACAACUUCAAUGGGAUCUCUCCCUCGGUGCAGGGGAUGCUGAGUGAGGGCGGCGUGCCCCAGAGGCCCAUGGUGUUUGUGAACCGUCCCGUUCUGCUUAACCUGCUCCGGGAGAAGCUGAACCGGCUGCAGAACGCUGCCGGAUGGGUCACCGUGUUCGGCAUGGCCGGAUCGGGGAAGUCCGUGAUCGCCGCCGAGGCCGUGAGAGAUCGGGCGCUGAUCAAAGAGUGUUUUCCUGAUGGAGUUCACUGGCUGUCAGUUGGGCAGUGUGAGAAAGCAGAUCUCCUGGUGAGGAUGCAGUCUCUGUGCUUUAGGCUGGAGCAGCUUCAGAGUUCAGAAGCGUGCUCCAGGCCGCCCAGCUCAGUCGAGGAGGCCAAAGAGCGCUUGCGCUUCCUCAUGCUGCGCAGAUUUCCCAGGUCUCUGCUGAUCCUGGACGACGUGUGGGACAGUUACACUCUCAGGGCUUUUGAUAUCCAGUGCCGAGUGCUCUUUACCACUAGGAACAGCAGUCUGACAGACUCCGUGAGCGGUCACAGGUUCAAGGUGCCUGUUGAGAGCGGUCUAGACGAUGAGAAAGCUCUGGAAAUUCUCGCUCUGUAUGUCAACGGGAAAUCUCAGAAUCUUCCGGAGCAAGCUCGCAGCAUUGUGAAAGAAUGCAAAGGCUCUCCUCUGGUCAUAUCUCUGAUUGGGGCACUGCUCAGAGAUUUCCCUGACCGCUGGGGCUACUACCUGGAGCAGCUGAGGAAGAAGAGAUUCAAGCGCAUACGCAAGUCUUCCUCUUAUGACUACGAGGCCCUGGACCAGGCCAUGGAUGCAAGUCUGCAGGUCCUCGAAGAAGAACACCGAGAGCUCUACAAAGAUCUGAGCGUGCUGGAGAAAGAUGUCAAAGUUCCUGCCAAGGUGCUUUCUGUGCUGUGGGGUCUCGAGCUGGAGGAGGUGGAAGACGUCCUCCAGGAGUUUGUGAAUAAAUCUUUGUUGUUUUGGGAUCGUAACCAGCGGCCGUAUCUCUACUUCCUGCACGACCUGCAGCUUGACUUCCUCACAGAGCAAAACCGCAGUCAGUUAGCGGAGCUUCAUAAUAAAGUGGUCUGUCAGUACCAGAAAGCAUACGGUAAACUCCCGCCCCUUUCAGCAGCCGUGGAUGGAUUAUAUUGGUAUCGUUUCUUGCCGCAUCACAUGGCACGGGCGGGCCUGUCCAAGGAGCUUUAUUCCCUCAUGUUUUCACUCGACUGGGUGAAAAAUAAGGCUCGGUUAAUGGGAUCCGCUCACUUAAUCAACGAUUACGUGGAGCACGGAGACAUUCUCGACAAAGAGAACGGCGAGGUGAGGCUGCAGUUUCAGGAGUUCUUGUCUUUGAAUGGUCAUCAGUUGGAGCAGAGGCCGUUCCCUGACGUGGUGCAGCUGGCCCUGGCUCAGCCGCACUCCUCUGAGGUCUACAGGCAGGCUUUACUGCAGGCGCAGGACCAGGCCAGCAGGGGGAAGCUAUACGUGGACUGGGUGAACAAGAGCAGUCUGGAGAGUCUGUCUCGGCUUGUGCUGCACCCUCACCAGAACUCGGUCUACUACGCGUGCUUCUCUCCAGACGGCAGCAAGAUCGCCUCGUGUGGCGCCAGCAAGACACUGCGGGUGUUCAAGAGUACCUCUGGAGAGAAGGUCCUGGAGAUCCAGGCUCACGACGAUGAAGUUUUGUGCUGUGCCUUCUCCCCUGACGACCGUCAGAUAGCGACCUGCUCCAGCGACAGGAAGGUUAAGAUCUGGAAUUUAGAGAAAGGCACUCUGGUGCGCGCGUUUGACGUCGAGCACGAGGAGCAGAUCAACCACUGUCGGUUCACCAACACGUCCCGGCGCAUCCUGCUGGCCACCAGCUCCAACGACAAAUUCACCAACACCAAGGUGUGGAACAUGAACAAGCAGACGUCUCAGAACACCAUGUUCGGACACACCGAUGGCGUCAAUCACUGUUGCUUCUCUCCGGACGACGCCUAUCUCGCCACCUCGUCCAACGAUGGAACGCUGAAGCUUUUCGAGGUGGCCUCUGCGAACGAGUGGAAGUCUAUCGACAUCACCGGUCUGUUUCCGGAGAGCGAUGGAGCCAGCGUCUCGGUCAGGUGCAGCACGUGGUCAGCCGACGGCAAGCGCAUCAUCGGCGCCGCGAAGAACGCCGUGUUUGUGUUUGAUGUAGCGACCCUGGGCAUGUUGCUGGAGAUCAGAACAAGCCGUCUAAGCACGGUGCAGUACUGCCAGGCGUGUCCGAACAGCCAGCUACUAGCCUUAGCGCUGUCGCACUACACCGUGGAGCUGUGGGACUUUGAGCUUAAUAAGAAGAUGGCGGAAUGCAGCGGUCACCUGAGCUGGGUGCCUUGCGUGCAGUUCUCUCCCGACGGCUCGCUCCUCCUUUCAGCCUCCGACGACCAGACCAUCAGACUGUGGGAGACCGAGUGUGUUCACACAUCUUCAGCCGUGGCUCUGAAGAGGGACUUCGACGUCCUCUUCAGUCAGGAGGACCUUACGGUGGCGACGGCUGACAGCCAGAACAGGUUACAGGUGCGUUCGGGCCCAGAGGGUAGGGUACUGCUUGAGUCUGCGACACAGAAAUCGAGGAUUCGUUGCGUGGGUAUCUGCAGGCAGUUGCCUGUUGUGGCGCUGGGCAUGGAGGAUGGCAGCGUGCAAGCAGGAAGAAUGAGUGCUAGGCAUGUGCUGAGGGGCAUUGGGUGGAGAGCGCUGCAGCUGUUCACCCCACAGCGUACGUUAGUGCUGGCACUAGGGCUAGAGCUAGGAACAGUACAGGUGCUCGAGGUUCCCUCUGGUGACACUUUAGCAACACUUCACGGUCACACCAAAACCGUGCACCACUGCGUCUUCACCGAUGACGGACAAGCUCUAAUCACAUGCUCGGAAGAUACUACAAUCCGGGUGUGGAGGUGGAAGACGGGACAGCAUCUGACAUUAGAAGGCCAUAAGGAGCCAGUAAGAAGGUUUCAUCUUCUGAACAGCUCCUCUUCAUCCUCUGCUCUGCUUUCAUGGUCAUUUGAUGGCACUGUGAAGGUGUGGGAUCUGAAGUCAGGAGAGAAGCUCCAGGACCUGAAGUGCCAUCAAGGUGCCGUUCUGUCAGGUGACGUGUCCCCUGACGGGCACCUCUUCACCACUGCCUCGGCAGACAAGACCGCGAAGGUGUGGAGCUGCUCGUCCUGGAAGAUGGAGUUCUUCCUGCAAGGCCACAACGCUUGCGUGCGGAGCUGCCGGUUCUCCUGGGACGGCAAGCGCCUCGCCACCGGUGAUGACAACGGAGAGAUCAGGCUAUGGAACAUGGUGAAUGGAAACCUGCUGAAGAUCUGCUCCCGGGAGAGCAAGGACUCGAUGGACUCCUUCCAUGGAGGCUGGGUGACUGAUUUGCACUUCUCGCCUGAUAACAAGGUCCUUGUAUCUACUGGUGGAUACAUCAAGUGGUGGAGCGUGGACCGAGGAGAAGCCCUGCAGACCUUCUUCACCACAGGAAACAACCUGAAGCGCGUCUGCGUCUCGUCCGACUUCAAAACGUUCGUCACCAUCGACAACAUCGGCAUCCUGUACGUCCUGAAGCAGGUGGAACGAGGACGGAUUUAAGCUGGACCGUCGAGAAUCCAGUCUCGUGAAGCAAUGGCUGCGUUCGAUCUGUUUCUGGCCUGUCUGCGGAAUUCUUUAGAAGGUGCAGAAGGUCUAGUGAACUCGGCUGUAGCGUCUGGGAAUGACCGGGGGUAUGCGUGUCCUGUCGCCUCGUGGAAGCGGAUCGGUGCUUUUUCUACGACAGUCUUUGUCUUUGUGUUGGAAUUUAAAACGUGUUCUCGGCGACUCCACGUUGGAGGGAGAGAGAAGCCCUGCACCGUUGUGCCUGAGCGUUUGAUCUAAAGCCUUAAAAGCUCAACAAAAAAUAAAUAAAUGACCAAAUUUGCUGCACUGGGAAUAAUAUAAGGAUACUGUUUUAAUAACACAAAAUGAAUGACCCCAUAUUUUAUUUUAUUACGCAAUGAACGCAAUCACAUUCAAUAUUCACAUUCGGCUAAUCAGAAGGUGACGCUAAAACGAUGAUGAAAUUGUACAUGAACGUCACUUUAUACCCUUAAAAACCUUAAACCUUGAUUGAGCGAAGACGAGGGCAGCACAGUCGGGGUUUUAUUUUUUGUUUUUUUUUAAAGGCCUUCGAUAAGACGUAAUGCACUAUUUGCAGCAAUAGAUGAGUAAUAACUGCGUCAGAAACGGUUUUAAUAUUUCCAUGUUUUUAAUGAAAAAAAUAAAUAAAAAAAGCUAAUAAACAAUCGUCGGUGCUUAAUUAUUCGCUCCGUCUAGAUAACCGUCUUCUCGUGGAAAUAGCUCGUCAGUAGAGGCGCUGUCUCCGAGCUAGGAGCUCUGAACUCUUUACGGAGUCUACUCAGGUGAAACUGUGGCCGUCGUGUUCUGCAUGCUCGACGCCGUGUACUUCACUUCACACCGCACACUUUUCUAGAACACUGUUGGCUGUUAACGCUUUUUUUAUGAAGGCUUUUGGAGACUUUCGUAAACAUUCAUCCGUAAACGUAGGCACGUGCCGACUCGCUUCGUUUAGAGUUUUGUGUCUGUACAAGGAAGUGGUGUUUAUGUUUACAAAACACUCCAUGUUUCGAAUAAAGCCAUGUAUGUAUUGUCAUACAAAAAAACUACAGAGAAUGUAGACGGCAAUUCUACGCAAUUUUCCUUACUGUGAAAAAAAAGAAAUAAAGGGGGAAAAAAACAA